UACGUACUUCCUCCAAGUCCCUUUCGCAUGCAGCGAGUCAGUGGCAGUGCAGUGAAAUACUGUUCGCUAUGAUUUUCAUCAAUGGCAAUGCGUGAUGGACUAAAAUGGAGGAAAUAUCGAAGUGCUAGCUAACACUUGCUAGAAGCACGAACCACUCUAGCCAACUGCUACCCCCGUUCACCCUUGUAUUUUUCAGUAAAAAUGGCUAGUUACCAACCCUUCGGCAGGACCAUGAGGGAAGAAGACUGAUCCAGGCUCAAUGAAACAGGAAUAGGCAUCAAUGACACUUGACUGCUUUGCAGAAUAAGCAGCUAUUCUGUAAUGCUAGUUCAAUAACACCUGAGUUGUAUUCGCCAUGACUAUGAGAUCCACUUUGUUCGCUAAUGCAGGAUUUAAGCUGGACACUGAGAGAAUUGACUUUGACAAAUCACAAGUUGGAAAUGCAAAUGUUGUGAACUCCAUAACCAUCAAGAGAGAAACCUGUGACUUUGUCAUAGAUGUCCAUGACGUACAUGGGGACAUCCACAACACUGGAGGGGAGAACCUCAGCAAAACUAAAAUCCUAGACCAGAAAUACAUAAUUCGGGCCCCAGUGGUGGCUGCACAAAAUAAAGCAGGAGGGGCACUGGUUCAAGGUGACAAUUGGGAAAGCACAGGGGUGCCGUCAUCCUCUGUCAGACAAAUGGGGGGUGAGGGAAUCCCAAUGAAAGGUAAACACUUUCUGAGUGACGGUAUGGAUAAUAAAGAGUUGGUUUCAAACAAUAACUCCAAGGAUGCUGGUACUGAUGAGAGCACCAGAGGGGUCUCCCCUGGAGGAGUUGUCAACACUGCAUCCAUUGAGUUCAGCACAGAGGGCAAGUGGAGGAACAUCAGAAAAACCCCUUCUAACCCCCACACACAGGCCACCUGCCUCCGGCAGAUUCUCCUCCUUCAGCUGGACUUGAUUGAACAACAGCAACAACAGCUGCAGUCCAAGGACAAGGAGAUAGAUGAGCUGAAAGCAGACAAGGAGACGUUGCUGGCGCGUAUUGAGCGCAUGGAGCGUCGCUUGCAGCUGACGAGGAAGGACCCACGUGAUAAGCGCCUAUUUCAGCCACUAGAGCCCUGGACCCCAGAUAAAGAGGACCUGUGGGAUCUAGAAGUGUGUGACAGCCCACAGACUCCCACCCCCAGGACAAUCCCCUUCAGUCGAGGCGGCAAAGGCCUCAAGAGGAAAUUUUGCUUCCUGGACUCAAAAAUCCAGAAGUCACGAGGAGGGAAAGGCUCUAAGUUCACCUCCCCUAAGUCAGAGUGUGGAGCUGGCUCACCAUAUCAGAGGGAGCUGCGCAGUAAAGAGACCCCAGAGAAGAUGGGGUUUGGUCGGUCACCGGUGGAGAGGGAUACUCUGUACCCGAGCAAAGAGGACCCGGAGCGCACCGAUCAGAUGGAGGAGCUCCCUUUCAUGUCUACUACUGAGAUGUACCUGUGUCGCUGGCAUCAGCCGCCUCCCUCCCCCCAACGUGAGCCAUCCCCAUCCCCGAAGAAAGAGGAGGUUGUAGCCAUUCCAUCCUGGAAGGAAAACAGUAUGGAGCCCUUGGAUGAGGAGGCUGCCAGUGACAUCCCAGAGAUGUUGGACGACAGUGUCUUUUUGAAGCGUCAUGCAAAGCUGGAGUUGGAUGAGAAGAGAAGAAAAAGAUGGGACAUUCAGCGUAUCCGUGAGCAGCGCAUGUUUCAGCGCCUCCAGCAGCGCAUGAACAAGAAGAAGGGGAUCCAGGAGAGUGAGCCAGAGGUCUCCUCAUUUUACCCGGACACUGAGGAUGUCGAGUCCAUAAUCAUCACCCCUUUCCUGCCUGUGGUGGCCUUCGGCCGGCCAUUGCCGAAGCUUACUCAACAGAACUUUGACCUGCCUUGGCAGCGAAGCCGCUGCCGCAUCGAGGUGCCCAAAAAACACACGCCACACCGUACCUGUCGGAAGUGAGGUGGUAUCUGCGUGUGUUAAGCAAAAGAGAGAGCCCUCUUCUCUCCCCAGAAAGGUUCUCUUUUCUUUUGUGGGAUUAGGCUGUCACUGGCGUAGCAUGCACUACUCUCAAUAGUCUGUGGAAAAGUAAACCAUUGUCCUCCGUGUUGUCACUUGCCAGCUGUCUUAGAGAAGGAGCUGCUGUACAUUGGGAAAAUGGCUACCAAAUUUGUUAGCUAUGGUACAUUUGUUGCCCAUGCUACUCAAACUGAAAGAAAAGCUGUACCCCUCCUCAGAUAACAGUCCCCCUACUAACAGCUAAGUGAUUAUAAGGUUAACCACAAUAGUUACUUAGUAUGUCUCUACUGUAGCAAUUUAGUAAUAAGCACGUUCUGUGAAGCAUAAUUGGGGAGCACAUGUUCUAAUGUUUUGGAAUUUGGUGUAAUGUACCUAGUCAUCCUUAAUUACUGCAUCAUCACUAAAAUGUGUAGCUUUUGAUCAUUACUACAUUAUUACAUAGUUGUCACCUGACUGAGUAACUUGGGGACUGUGAUCUAAAGGGUAAGAAGAGAAGUGGUGGUUUUCUGAUUUGACUGAAUGGCAGUGCUUGAAUUGUACAAUUUACAACUAACCCUGUGCGCUGGAAGCACCAUUGGCGUUUACAUGCUCUGGGUUUUGCUUUGAUUGAACCUGUAAUAAAUUUUUCCUGUUUGUGUAUUUACUGUAAUAAUAUUUCCUUAUGUGGACACUGCUUCAAGCGAAAUGUUUUAUCAUUGUGCACUAAAGUGUGGAUAUAAGGUGUUUGAUCCUUUCUCGGCAUGUAUGUUUUUUUUAUUACAAAUGCAGUAAAUAUUAGAUUUUAAAAAGUC